AUGUUCUUUCCUGAUGUACCCAAUCGAGUCCAGCUUCGGUCCGUGCAUCCACUGUCUAGCCUGAGAAUCGACUCCUUCGUCUACAGUCGCGAUAUUUCUCCUAUGAGCCAAUCCUAUCGGCUUGCCUCGAAAAGAAGCGCCGACGGUGUCUAUAGGGCUGAAGUUGACUUCCAUCCGCCGUUCAUAACUGAGGAAGGCGGCGCAAUCAACCUUAAUGUUACCUACGAGUAUUGCCCUCCCAUGGCAGACGUCAGGCGCGGACGAAGAUACAGCAGACACCAUGACAAUGAUGACGCUACCUUUGUUGAAGAAGAGGAGAAGGAGGAGGACAUGAUAAGGAGUACCGGAGGCCACCACGAUGAUGAUGGUGGUAGCCGUGCCGCUGGUAGACGCACACAUCACUCGAGAGCUUGCAAAGAUCCGAAGAAGAAAAGUCAGAUGAUAUAUGCCUCAUUUGUACGCAAAUUUAUUGUUAUUCUGGGUGAGUCGGAUAAGCCAAUUUACAGGCCUGGCGAGAACAUUCGUUUUCGUUUUAUUGCCCUCAAUUCCCGACAACUUCAGCCAACUACGGAACAGCUCCAGUGGCCUAAAUUCCUAAUUGACACGCGAGAAUACAGUAAUCCGAAGCUCGUGGAAAUCUCGGAGGAGGAGAGACGUAGACACGAAAUGCCUCCAGAAUUCGACGUGAUCUACAUAGAAGAUCCCAGUGGAAAUCGAGUCAAGGAGUGGAAGGAUGUCCCGCAGACGACGGCAUUUAAUUUGUCCUUCCCUCUGCUCUCUGAUGCAUCUGAGGGUGUUUGGCGACUUGUUGCGAAAGUUUUUACCAGUAGGCAAAUACUGAAAGUGGACGUAAAGAAGUACGUUCUUCCACGUUUCAUAGCGUCAAUCCAGAUUCCCAAGGAGGUGGACAUAAAGGCGGAGACAACAACAUUCAACGUCUGUGCAACUUACACCAAUGGAAAUUCCUUCCAGGGGCAUUACGAUGCACAGAUUUGCGUCUGUUCUGGAAUGCAACUGAGGCAGCAGCAGGUCCUAGGCAUCCCAUCCGAGAACAAUGUGUGCUUGUCUAGAACAGGUGAGAGGAGAACUGGAGGCCAGUGUCUUCGUGUUGCUGGUAGCCUUUCUGGUACACCUGAGAAUGGAGGAUGCGUAAGUGUGAACGUCACCAUGACAUCAUUGAUGAGCCAUGCUCAGGGGAGGUAUGGCUGGGGUCAACAGGUCGGUUUCAUCGUCACCAUCAGCGAGGCGGAUACGGGUUCUGCUGUGACACAGUUUGGACAGGCAAACAUUCUUCGUUAUCGUGCCCCGAAGCUGAGUCUAGAGAUUGAUCGUGCCUACCGUCCAGGACUGCCCAUUUAUGGCAAGGUG